GAUUCGAUUUGUGUACAUUGUUUAUGUGUGACCAUCAUAAUCGUCAUUGUCAUUUUUAUUUAUGAAUAACAACAAUGAUGGCCGAUCCGCAACAACAACGUGAAGAUUAUUUUGAAUGUCAUGUUGAACAAAUAAAAUUAUAUUCAUUACCAUUACAAUCAUUAAAAAUUGAUUCAAUUGAUUUUGAACAAUGUAUUUUAGAAUGUAUACAACAUCGAUUAGAAGAUGAAAAAAAUCAACAUAAUAAUCAAGGUACUAAUCAAGAUAAUAAUAAUAAUAAUAAUGGCCUUUAUAAACGUUUAAUAACCGAAUUAAUAAUUAAACCGGAUAAUAUUGAAAAUACGGAAAAUCUGGUCUAUACGGCGGGUAUUUAUCCAAAUCGAUUACAAUGGACAAUAAAAUCAUCAUCAAUGUCAUUGAUUACCGAUGAUAAUAAUCAUGAUCAUGAUAAUCAUCAUUAUUGUAUAAUGGAAUCAAAAUUUAAUCAAAUAAAAUUAUUAUAUGUAAAUUAUAAUGAAAUGCCAACAAUGAUUAUAUGGUUAUUAUUAUCGAUACCAAAAUGUGUUAAAAAUGUUACAAAUUUUUGUGAUCAACAACAUUCGAAUCAUCAUCCACAACGAAUGAUAAAUCCUUCAUCGACAACAUCCGAAUCAUCAUCAUUAUUUGUACUAGUCUGGAAAUGUUUCAAUGAACAGGAUGUUUUAAAAUUACGUGAAAUAUAUAAAUAUUUACAAUCAUUAAAACGUAUGAAUCAAACAUUAAUGAUGAUGAUUAGUAAUAUCAAUGUUGAUAAUAAUAAUGUUGUUGAUGAUGAUCGUGGCCAUAGGGAUUUAUCAUUCAUUGAUCAACAACAACAACAGCAACAUUCAACUUUGAGCAAAAUCACGUUGAAUCGAUUAAAUCAUCAACAACAACAACAACAACAACAAAAUCAUUAUCCAAGGUGCAUUAUUAACAAUGAUGAUGAUGAUGAUGAAAAUUUUGAAACAACAUCGACGAUGACGACGAAAGAGCAAUCAUUAUCAUUAGCAUCACCAUCUUCUUCCUUUUCAAACACGAUGAUAAUUUCAUCAACAAACAUUCAAUCUUCAAUGAAUAAUAAUAAAAUUUCAACAACAACAACAACAACAAUCGAUAUUAAUGAAUUGAAUCAAGAUAAAAACUUUUCCGGUCAUCCUCAUCAUCAUCGAUCAUUAUCAUCACCAUCGUCAUCAUCUUUAACGAUUCGUCCACCAUUACCAUCUAAUACAACGACGGCAACAACAACAUUAUCAUCAUCGACAUCGGAUGUUGAACAACAACGUAUACGACAAAGACAACCACCAAAAAUUAUUCAUGAACCAUCAAAUGUAAAACCAACAAAUAAUGUUAUUCUAACGAAAUCAUUAUUAAUUGAUAAAUCGAUUAUAAAUCAAUCAAAAAUUUAUAAUAAUGGAUAUCGAUUGAAUGGUUCAAAAACAGCCACAACUGUAACGACACCAAAACAAAGUGAAUCAGAAUUUGAUACAUCACAAAUAAAUCUUUAUCUACGACAGAAAAGAUUUCCAAAACAACGUAUGUUUCAACAUUUACGUUCACGUUCAGUUGAUUCAAAUCGUCAUUAUCAUCAUCAUCAUUAUCAUAAUAAACAAUUCAAUGGACCAGAUCAGGAAAAUAUUCAACCAAUAUCAUCAUCAACGACUUAUACGAUACCUUUAAAAUCAACACCAUCAACAACAACAACAUCGAUAUUGAAAUUAAAUAAACGAAAUAAUUUGAAAAUGAUUGAAAAAUCACCGGCAACAACGAUGAUAAUAAUUUUUUUUUUCUGA